GCCACCAGAAGGAGUAUGGCAGUGAUGAAGCAGAUUCUCCGAUCCAGAAAUCUCUUGCUCGUUGUUCUCAUUCCACUUCUGCUGCUUCCUCUGCCACUCAUAUACCCCAGCAGUGAAGCCUCGUGUGCCUACGUGCUCAUCGUGACAGCUGUGUACUGGGUCUCUGAAGCAGUUCCUCUUGGGGCAGCAGCCUUGGUUCCUGCUUUCCUCUACCCUCUCUUUGGGGUCAUGAAGUCCAGCGAGGUGGCUGCUGAAUAUUUCAAGAACACAACUUUGCUCCUCAUGGGUGUGAUUUGUGUGGCAGCUUCUGUAGAAAAGUGGAAUCUCCACAAGCGAAUUGCUCUACGCAUGGUGAUGAUGGCUGGAGCCAAGCCAGGCAUGUUGCUCCUUUGCUUUAUGUGCUGCACCACGGUGCUCUCCAUGUGGCUCUCCAACACCUCCACCACAGCCAUGGUGAUGCCAAUCGUGGAGGCAGUGCUCCAGGAGCUGGUGAAUGCUGAGGAGGAGUGUGAGGUCAUCACAAUGGCAGGCAGCACCAUUGCUGAAGAAAAUAAGCCAAUAGGCCUCGGUGAAAAGCACAGCCAACCUUCCCUGGAGCUUAUCUUCAUCAAUGAGGAUGCUACUACUACUGACUUCAGUUCCCUGAUGCACUCAAAGAGUAUGAAUGGUGUGCACAUGCUAGCCAACUCUAUUGGAACAAUGAAUUCUACUAGCAAUGGGCAGCACCUACCUCAGGCUCAGAUCCUGGUCCUGCCCCCUGAGCCCUCAGAUCCUGGGCUGAGCAGCAAGUACCGGUACCAGAGCAGGCACGACCACAUGGUCUGCAAAUGCCUCUCGCUGAGCAUCUCCUACGCGGCAACCAUCGGGGGGCUGACCACCAUCAUAGGCACCUCCACCAGCCUCAUCUUCCUCGAGCACUUCAACAACCAGUACCCAAAAGCUGAAGUGGUGAAUUUUGGAACCUGGUUUCUGUUCAGUUUCCCCAUCUCCCUCAUCAUGUUGGUGUUGACUUGGUUCUGGCUGCACUGGCUGUUCUUGGGCUGCAAUUUUGAAGAGACUUGUUCUGUGAGCAAGAAGAAGAAGACCAAACGAGAAGAAAUGUCAGAGAGAAGAAUUCAAGAGGAAUACAAGAAACUGGGAAACGUUAGCUAUCCCGAGAUGGUGACUGGAUUCUUCUUCAUCCUGAUGACCUUGCUUUGGUUCACUCGUGAGCCUGGCUUUGUACCAGGAUGGUCAUCCUUUUUUGAGAAGAAAGGUUACCGGACUGACGCCACUGUCUCUGUAUUUCUUGGGUUUCUCCUUUUCCUGAUUCCAGCAAAAAAGCCAUGUUUUGGGAAAAGGAGAAAAGGAAAUGGUGAAAAGUCAGCAGAAAUUAAAACACUGGAGCCCAUCAUUACCUGGAAGGACUUUCAGAAGACCAUGCCCUGGGAGAUUGUAGUGUUGGUUGGAGGAGGUUAUGCCUUAGCAGCUGGAUGCAAGAUCUCUGGCCUCUCUACAUGGAUUGGACGUCAAAUGCUCUCCCUGAGCAGCCUUCCCUCCUGGGCUGUAACUCUGCUGGCUUGCAUUUUGGUGUCCAUGGUAACAGAAUUUGUUAGUAAUCCAGCAACCAUCACCAUCUUUCUGCCUAUUUUAUGCAGCAUGUCAGAAACCCUGCUUAUCAACCCUUUAUACACCCUGAUUCCUGUCACCAUGUGCAUUUCAUUUGCCGUGAUGCUGCCUGUGGGUAACCCUCCAAAUGCUAUUGUCUUCAGUUAUGGGCACUGCCAAAUCAAAGAUAUGGUGAAAGCUGGCCUGGGUGUAAAUCUGAUCGGCCUGGCUGUUGUCAUGGUGGCCAUCAACACGUGGGGAAUUAGACUGUUCCAGCUGAACAGCUUUCCAGAAUGGGCAACAGUCAGCAACAUCACAAGCCAAACAUAAUUUUAAAUG